AUGCAUUAUAGAUUCAUUAGAGACAGUUUUUUCGGCCGCGUUGUGUACCACUUGUCUGGACAUCAAUUCUUCUCUCACAAAGAAGAGUCGUCUGAUUAUAUUGUUCCCGAGAUAUACCUUAAGGGUACUGAAGGAGCGAAUUUCCUGAAGGAAGAAAAUGAAUUGAACCUGAUUGUUAGUAAUUCUUUGUCCAGUCAACUGGAACAAACAAUAUUGGCUGCAGAUAGAAUUAUCGUCGAUUGGGAUGGUGAAGACGACCCAGAAAACCCCGUUAAUUGGCCAUUGUACCAAAAAGCAUUCUUUAUCUUCGAAAUUGCAUUUUUAACAGUCUCCGUAUAUAUGGGAGCUGCCCUUUAUACUCCCGGACUUGAGCAGAUAAUGGAAGAAUUUCAUAUCAGCCAAGUGGUUGCAACUUUGCCCUUGACAUUUUUUGUAAUUGGAUACGGAAUUGGACCUAUGGUGCUCUCACCAUUAUCUGAAAAUGCAGCUGUGGGUAGGACUUCCAUCUACAUCAUCACUUUAUUUGUCUAUUUUAUUUUACAGAUACCAACAGCCUUAUCAAAAGACAUUGCCUCGUUGACAGUGCUCAGAUUCAUAAGUGGCAUAUUUGCUUCCCCAUGCUUGGCUACUGGUGGUGCUUCUAUUGCUGAAGUGUUGACAGAUCCAUACGCCCCUGUUGGUUUGGCAUGCUGGGCAAUAGCAGGAUUCUGUGGUCCCCUGUUAGGUCCUUUCAUUGGUUCAGUUUUGGUAGUGAAGGGAGGAUGGAGAUGGGCAUUUUGGUUCCAAUGCAUCGCUACCGGUGUCUGCCUUUUGGUCUUGACGUUCUUUUUACCUGAAUCUUAUGGUAGUACCUUGCUCUACAGGAAAGCCAAGAGAUUGAGAAGGGUGACUGGGAAUGAAAAUAUCACUAGUGAAGGAGAAAUUGAAAACAGUAAGCUAACUCUCCGUGAGUUGGUUGUCGAGACAUUAUGGAGACCAAUUGAAAUUUCAAUUCUUGAACCAGUCGUCUUAUUAAUCCACAUGCACAUUGCUAUGGUUUACUCCAUUUUAUAUCUCUGGUUCGAAGCAUUUCCGAUUGUCUUUAUGGAAACAAAAGGGUUCACACUUAUCGAGUUGGGAAUGACGUAUCUUUCUAUCAAUGUAGGGUCCUUCCUUGGUGCAGCUAUCUAUGUUCCAAUUGUAUUGCAUGCCUACACCAAGAAAGUCCUCAAUAAUGAAACCAUUGUGCCAGAAGUUUUUAUUCCUCUUGCUAUUGUUGGAAGUGUCUGCAUGCCAGUCGGGGUGUUCAUCUUCGGUUGGACUUCAGUCAAGGAGUUCCCAUGGGUUGCUCCUUUAAUUGGAGCAGCAAUUUUCACUAUUGGUGCUUUCUUCAUAUUCCAAACUUUAUUCAACUACAUGGGAAUGUCUUUCAAGAAAUACUUAGCUUCGGCAUUUGCUGGAAAUGACUUAUUCCGUUCGGUUAUAGCAGGUGUGUUCCCAUUAUUCGGAAGACCCCUUUUUGAGAAUUUGAAGACUGAUAAAUAUCCUGUCGGUUGGGGCUCCAGUAUUCUUGGGUUUAUUACUCUCGGAAUGGUUGCCAUCCCUGUACUAUUUUAUCUUAAUGGUCCAAAAUUAAGGGCAAGAUCAAAGUACUCCAGUCUUUAG